AUGGACACGAUAAGCACGAGCCAGUUCAUUAAGGACAGCGACGUGCUCGUCUCCUCCGGGCAGACUUUCGAGCUCGGGUUUUUCAGCCCGGGCAGCUCCACCAACCGAUACUUAGGCAUAUGGUACCGUAACAUAACCGUCAGGACUCCCGUUUGGGUCGCCAACCGAGACUCCCCUGUACGAAACACAACUUCAGGGGUCCUCACGGUCAACCCGUCCGGUCAACUACUCAUCCUCGACGAAAGCAAUAAUAACAACACGAUAUGGUCGUCAAACACAUCGCGAACCGCUCGAAAUCCAGUCGUCCAGCUGUUGGACUCGGGUAAUCUCGUCGUACAAGAAGCAAACAACAACCAAACAGAGAAUUACUUGUGGCAAAGCUUCGACCACCCGACCGACACAUUGUUGCCAGGCAUGAGCAUCACAGCCGGGCGCCAGCUGUCAUCUUGGAGAACGAACGAGGACCCGGCGCCAGGUGUCUUCACGUUCGGGUUCGACUCGUCCGGUUACCCCCAGGUGGUCAUCGCCGGGGGUGGGGCCAUACUUUACAGGCUCGGGCCAUGGAACGGGAUCCAGUUCAGCCCGAGGCAGAGGCCCGUUUUCGAGCCCGGCCCAUUUACGUCCGUGUACUACAGUGAAGAAGGGGGUGAUGAGUCGGUGGUGGCCCGGUUCACGCUGAGCCCAAUCGGCGUGGGCCAGCGGUGGACGUGGGUCCGCGGGCAGAGCCAAGAGUGGGUUUUCUCGUACACUUUCCCGGCGGACGUGUGCGACACUUACAGGCAGUGUGGGCCCCACGGGUGGUGCGACCCGGGGAGGAAUCCGGUGUGCGCGUGCCUAGAGAAGUUUGUGCCGAGGGUGGAGGGGGGUUGGAGCAGGUCCGACUGGUCGGCCGGGUGCGUGCGGAGGAGAGCUUUGAACUGCAGGGACGAUGUGUUUUUGAGGUACUCGGGGAUUAAGUUGCCGUACUCUCGUGACACGUGGUACAACGGGAGUUUGGGGGUGGAGGAGUGUAUGGCGGUUUGUGAGAGGAACUGCUCUUGCAUGGCGUACUCGAAUAUGAUGAGGAAUGGGAGGAGUGGGUGCAUGGUGUGGUUCGGGGACUUGGUGGAUGUGAGGCGGAUAGCUGGGGCGAAGCAGGUUUUUUCCUAUCUUGAAACCAGUUCAUGGCCAAAUGACACAGAAUCGAAUGGGAUUAAACGAAGAACAAUUAUGGCUGCUUUGACAUCAUUGUCAGGGAUUGGUCUGCUAUGCCUGUGCCUAGCAUUGUUUGUUUGGAAGAGAAAGAAGAAGACUCGAAAGCUGAGAAAAGAAGGAGGGCUUGAAGAAAGUACUGAGAAGGAGUUUGAGCUACCUAUAUAUGAUUUAUCGAUCGUAGCUAAAUCUACUGAUGAUUUCUCAAACAGCAACAAGCUUGGAGAAGGUGGAUUUGGACCUGUUUACAAGGGAAAGCUGGAAAAUGGCAUGGAAAUAGCUGUUAAACGCCUCUCGGAAACUUCCUCACAAGGACUCGAUGAGUUCAAGAAUGAAGUUAUAUGUAUCGCCAAGCUUCAGCACCGGAAUCUGGUGAAGCUUUUAGGAUGCUGCAUUCAAGGAGAGGAAAAAAUGUUGCUUUAUGAGUACAUGCCCAACAAAAGUCUCGAUUUAAUUCUAUUUGGUGAGAAUCUCCUAAGCACGUAUAAAACCAAAAAGCAGCUUCUUGAUUGGCCUAAGCGAUUCGACAUUAUCAAUGGUAUUUCCAAGGGACUUUUGUACCUUCAUCAAGAUUCCCACCUAAGAAUUAUUCAUAGGGACCUCAAAGCUAGUAAUGUGUUGCUGGAUAACGAAUUGAACCCGAAAAUAUCAGACUUCGGCAUGGCUAGAAUUUUCGGAGGGAACGAGACAGAAGCCAAAACGAAACGGGUAGUUGGGACAUACGGUUAUAUGUCACCAGAAUAUGCUGGCGAUGGUUUGUUCUCGUUAAAAUCGGAUGUAUACAGCUUCGGUGUUUUAGUGCUGGAAAUCGUGACUGGCCAGAGAAACAGAGGGUUUCAACACAAGGAUCAUCAUCACAACCUUCUUGGACAUGCAUGGAUGCUGUAUAAAGAAGGAAGGCCCCUGGAACUCAUCGAUCACGACAUUCUCAGCACAGUUUCCUUAAACGAACUGCUCAAAUCAAUCCAUGUGGCUUUAUUGUGCGUCCAACACUGUCCGCAAGAUAGGCCAUGCAUGUCGUCUGUGGUUUUGAUGUUGGGCAGUUCAGGUGUUUUGCCAGAAGCCAGACAACCUGGUUUUUUCACAGAAAGACGUGGUUUUUUUUCCGAGGGGUCAACCAGCACGAAUGCAAUGGGGCCAUCGAAUGAAUACACAAUUACACUAUUAGAACCUCGAUAA